AUGGGAGACUGGGGUUGCGGAGGAAAUGCUGGAGGAGAUACCUGGGGUCAAGACUCGGGCCAGCCAGCCGACGAUGUUGGAUAUUCCAACGACGACAACUACAACGGCGGUGGCGAUGAUACUGGAGCAUCUGGGGCCUACGGAAACGAUAAAUGUUUCGGCUGCGGUCAAGAAGGUCACCGCCGAGCUGAAUGUCCCAAUGCUGGAGAACAGACUUGCCGUUAUUGCAAGAAGGAAGGCCACCUGCGGCAAGACUGCCCGGAAGCGCCUCCCAUGGCCUGCACCAACUGCGGCCAAGAAGGUCACUUCCGAAACAGUUGUGAGAAUGCUCGCAAGGUCAAUCGUGACCACGUCGCCGACACUACGCCUGAUGCUGCCUGGGACAAGCUCAAGCAAGCGGCCCGUGAGAGAGAUGUCGACGAUGCCAAGGAAGCGAUUGAAGAAUACGUCAAAGCUCUGGCAGGAGAGGUCACCUAUCGCCAAAUCCAAGAGCGACUGGUGGAGGAAAAUGUCAAGAUUUUCCUCAUCUCUACUCAGAGAGAGUUGAUUGAUACCUUCACCAAUAUGGACCUUCAAGGUAACAUCGACAAGAAGUAUAGCGUCUCGGUGAGGUUUUCCGACAAGCCAGAGAGACCUCGCGAGAUCAAUAUCUGGCCAGAUGGCAUCGACGAGAUUCUCUCUCGCUUGGAUGAUGCGGGAAUGGUGGUAGACAGAGGUGUUCCAAAGUGCUACAACUGUGGCGAGCUCGGCCACACUAGCAAGGGCUGCUCCCAGGAGAAGGUUGAGCACAAUUCAGAGAAGCCUAAGAUCUCUUGCUACAAUUGCAACGCCGAAGGUCACCGUGUGAGAGAUUGUCCCGAGCCGCGUGUGGACAAGUUUGCUUGCAAGAACUGCGGAAAAUCUGGACACAACGCUAAGGAGUGCGAAGAGCCUCCCAAUAUGGAAAAUGUUGAGUGCCGGAAGUGCAACAAGACCGGCCACUUUGCGAAAGAUUGUCCUGACGCCCCUAGCAGGGCUUGUCGAAACUGUGGCCAAGAAGGCCACAUAUCGAAGGACUGUGAUCAACCAAAGAAUAUGGAUAGCGUGGUGUGCCGCAACUGCGAUGAGACCGGUCACUUCAGCAAGGAGUGCCCGAAGCCGAGAGAUUGGUCCAAGGUCCAGUGCUCUAACUGUGAGCAAUUUGGACACACCAAAGUCAGGUGCAAGAUGCCUCCCAAAGAGUCGGACGCCUAUGAAGGCCAAGCAUACGGCGGCGAGGCUGAGGAGCAGCCGCAGCAGCCUGAUGAUGGCUAUGGUGAGGCAGAUGGCGGCGGAGGCGGAGACGGCUGGUAG